AUGGCUGAUCAGAAAUUACCCGAAGAAAAGAUUAUAGAAAUGGCAAUGCAUGUGCCAGUGGCUCAUAAGAAUACUGAAAAUAAGGAAGAAGAUAAACAGAUAAUUACAACCAACGAGAACGUUGAAAAUGUGAAUGAAAAAAAGCAAGAAAUUGAUCAGAAAGAAGGAGCUGGCCAAGAGAAGGAGACGAAGAAGAAAGCGAAAUGCGUUCGCUUUAAUUCUAAGAAAAUAAUAAUCGCUCCAAAGGAAGAAGAAAAAUUUGUCUUGCAGAGGUCACUGUCUGAUAUGGAUGAAGGGAGGGUCGAGGAAAAUGAGUUUUCGGCCAUGUCGGACGAGGAACUGAAUAGAAGAGUUGAGGAGUUCAUUCGAAGGGUUGCUUCCGCCUUCAAUAUUCUCCUCCACCGAACUCCUCACUCUCCCUCUCUCGUUUGCGGGGAUUACCUUUCAAUUGGGCACUUCAAUUUCACCAGGGUAGUGUGCAAUGGGUGGAUUCUUUGCCCUGAUGGUGUUAUUGGGAGCGUGAUUGGGAAGAGUGGAAAAGUUAUUAAUUCGAUCCGGCAAGAGACAAGAGCAAAAGUCAAGGUGGUGGACCCGUUUUCUGGUGCUAAAGAUAGAGUUAUCACUAUUUAUUGCUAUGUUAGAGAGAAGGAGGAUGUCGAAGUUGAUGAGGAAUUCAAUGAUAAGGAACCUCUUUGUCCUGCUCAGGAUGCGCUCCUCAAGGUGCACGAGGCAAUUGCAAAUGCAAUGGCUAUGGUCGGGGAGUAUGACAGGAAGAAGAACGACAAAGAUAAGGUGGAAUGUAAGAUUCUUGUUCCAUCUAGCCAGUCUGCUAAUAUCAUUGGGAAAUCUGGUUCCACCAUUAAGAAGUUGAGAAACAAGACAAGGACGAACAUCAAGAUCACUUCCAAGGAUGCUAGUGACCCAUCUCAUUCGUGUGCAUUGGAGUUUGACAAUUUUGUCCUGAUAUCUGGAGAUUCAGAGGCUGUGAAGAAAGCAGUUUUUGCCAUUUCUGCUAUCAUGUACAAGUUUUCACCAAAGGAAGAUAUUCCUCUUGAUGCCUCUGUCCUGGAAACCCAAACCCCUCCAAGCAUAAUCAUCCCGUCAGAUGUUCCCGUAUAUCCUGCAACUGGAUUUUAUCAAAGUGUAGAUCCUAUUAUCUCUUCCAGAUCUAUUCCUUCCAUUUUAGGUCCUGCACAUGCACCAGAUAUGCCCAGUCGUACUGAUGCUGGGAACACGUGGCCGGUUUAUUCAUCCACUCUUCCUGUGGUGUCUGGUUAUGGUGGUGUGUCUCGAUCUGAGGAGUUAACUAUAAGAGUGUUGUGUCCAUCUAAUAAAAUUGGCCGUGUUAUUGGCAAAGGAGGAAGUUCCAUCAAACGUAUAAGGCAGGACAGUGGUGCCCAUAUUGAGGUUGAGGACCCAAAGGCCAAUAACAGUGAGUGUGUUAUCACCAUUAUCUCAACAGAGUCACUGGAUGAUCUGAAAUCCAUGGCUGUCGAAGCUGUGUUACUGCUGCAAGGAAAGAUAAAUGAUGAAGAUGAUGGCACUGUAACUUUGAGGCUUCUUGUUCCAUCUAAGGUUAUCGGGUGUAUCAUCGGGAAAAGUGGUUCAAUCAUAAAUGAAAUCAGGAAGAGAACAAAAGCAGAUAUACGGAUCUCCAAAGGCGAGAAGCCUAAAUGUGCAGAUGCUAAUGAUGAACUUGUUGAGGUUGUUGGCGAAGUUCGUAGUUUGAGAGAUGCACUUAUUCAGAUUGUCUUGAGGCUCCGAGAUGAUGUGUUAAAAAAUAAAGAAGGUGGCCACAUUUCUUCUGCUGGUGCUGGUUUUUCGAUGCCCUCAGUUUUGCCUAGUAUUCCUCCAGCUGCUCCUUUGGGCUAUGAGCACAGGUCCGAAACUGAGAGUGGGGUGGGCCUGCUUUCCUCCAGCGCCUAUGGGUCCCUGUUGACCGGAGAUAGUGGUUAUGGAUCAUUUUCCUCUCAUUCAUCGUCAUUGUAUGGAAGAUUGCCUCCGCCUUCAACUCUGGAAAUGGUUGUACCUGCAUAUGCAGUUGGUAAAGUCAUGGGCAAAGGUGGCAUGAAUAUUGAGAAUAUACGUAAGAUAUCUGGUGCAGCAAUAGAGAUUUCAGAUUCCAAAUCAUCGCGAGGUGAUCGCGUGGCUUUAAUCUCAGGCUCAUCGGAACAGAAGCGUGCAGCUGAAAACUUGAUUCAAGCAUUCAUAAUGGCCACUUAA